AUGACCAACAUUGUUGGUGGAGGAAACGCUGACGUGGAUGAGUACCCUAAUGGUUACGAGCACAAGGUUGUGGCGGGUGACUACAAUUCCAACAUUUAUGAAGGAACGGAGCAAGAACGAGAUCUCAGAGCACUUGCCAUUCAUCCAGAUUACAAACCGUCAAAGUUUGUGACAGCAGAUAUUGCAGUCCUUAAAUUGGCCACUCCUUUUGACUUCGAUACCCACGUUGGACGUCCAGUUGUGAUACCGAAUAAGAAAACUGAAAGACGUGCGAAAAAGAAGAGGGACUGUUGGGUGGUCGGUGGAGGACUCAGUGGUCAAAGACCGGACGCAUACCGUCCACGCUUGCAAGAAUUGAAAGCCGUUCCAAAAGCUGACUCUGCAUGUAAGAAAACUGCGAACAAUAAGUUCAGUGAAACAUGGUCUGCAACGUUCAUAUGCACCAUUCACAGUGGAAAGUCAAUAUGCGGAGGUGACUCUGGUGGUCCGUUGGUGUGUUUCCUAAAUGACCAGCCGGUACAGAUGGGUGUGGUAUCAUGGAGCGGUAGAAAUUGUGCUAAAUUUGGCUUUGGGGCGUACGUCAGGCCGCGAUCCUACACUAAUUGGAUAAUGAACAAAAUUGCAACCCUUUAG